AGCUAACUCAACAGUUUGUCGAUGCUGAAGUGCAUGACAUAUCGUCGUUGACCGUCGAUUCAUAAUGUCUUUGACUACUGUUUCACUUGCAAUUAUUGGGCUAUCAGUCAUUUGUGCAUCAAGUGGCAGUGAUGACUUUAGUUACAAAGGCAUUCAUGGACCGAUGAAUUGGGGUCAUGACUACAGUGGCUGCGUGGGAAAACAUCAAUCUCCUAUUGACAUUGAAGAGCAUGAUGUUAUUAACGUUACAUUACCAUUUCUACAAAUAUCUGGUCUUGAUAAACCACGAAAUACUUACCUCAUGAACAACGGUCAUACAGUAAUGCUUAGAGUAAAUGAUUCAUCAACUGCAAUAAUUUCUGGAGGACCUCUAGGUCCGGAUCCUUAUGUUUUUGAACAACUUCAUUUUCAUUGGGGUGCAAAUGAUUCAGAAGGUUCAGAAGAUUUAAUAAACAAUCACUCAUUUGCGAUGGAACUUCAUGCUGUCUUUUAUAAGAAAAGUUACGGCUCGUUGGCAAAGGCUGUUGAUUAUUUCGAUGGCUUAACCGUGCUUGCUUAUUUCUUCGAAGUCAGUGAAGAAGACAAUCCUAUUUACAAUGUAAUUGUUGAUGUACUGCCGACUAUAGAAGAUGUUGGAUCUACGACCAAGUUGGUUGAUCCUUUGAUUUUGCAACACUUAUUAGUACCUGAAGGUCAUUCUCUUGAGAGCUAUUUUACGUAUAAUGGCUCUCUCACUACUCCACCAUGUUCUGAAGUUGUAACUUGGAUUGACUUCAAAGAUGCUCUUACACUUUCUCAUAGGCAGCUUGAAGAAUUUAGAAAUGUACAAAGUAAUGAUGGCGAAAAAUUAACUCAUAAUUUUCGACCUAUUCAGCCUUUAGAAGAUAGACAAAUAUACUACAAUGUACCUGAGACUAAACAUAACAAUUAUGGUGAACAAACUAAACCAACAGCAUUUUUAACAUUUGGUUUUGUCGUGAUAACUUUCACAAUUUCACCUGACAUGUGGAUUGGAAUACUUGGUAUUUAAAAAUGACAUAAAAUAGGUAUCAAUUAACAUAAUCAGUUUUAAAAAUCUGCGCUAUUUAAUCAUUGUGUGCUUGACCUUUUAUUUAUUAAUUUGAUGAAAAAAAUAAAUUAAUGUAAGUAAUUAACACUGCAAAUCACAAAUUUGGAAGUGUUUUAAAGUGACGUCACCCGUUUGAUUAAUAUUAUAGUCACUUUUUAAACACUUCCAAAAGCAUUAAAAGUGACUACAAUGUUAAUCAAAUGGAUAACGUCACUUUAAAACACUACGAUUUGCAGUGAAUCUAUUUAUUAUCGAGUGCUAUGUAAAUAUUUUAACGUGAAUGUUGAUGUAAAUUAUUAUCUCUGUAUGAAUCUAUCAAAUCUUUUUUUAACCAAUAGUUAUCAAUUAUACCAAAUAAAAGAUUGCGAGAAACUCAUAUAAUUACUUACAU